AUUUCCUGGGGUCCGAAAGCAAGGCCUGGCCCUCAUGGAGAGCGUAUCUCGGACACGCGCUGUCCUGCUCUUAGCAGCCGGCUUUGGAGCAGCCGUAGGAGUCACUUGGUUCUUUGUCAGCCGGAGGAAGCGGCGGCUCGUGAAGGUGGGAGAAGUAUCGCAGCUUUUCGUGUACCCCGUCAAGUCCUGCAAAGGAACCCCCCUGAAAGAAGCAAAAUGCAAAGCGUUUGGCUUGGAGAACGGCAACCUCAGAGACAGACAUUGGCUCGUUGUAAAGGAGGACAAAGUGUGUGUUACGGGCCGCCAAGAACCCCGCCUGGUACUGAUGACGGCGUCCUGCGACGAUACCCAUUUAACUCUUUGCGCUCCUGAUAUGGACGAGCUACACGUUCCUCUAAAACUCUCCGCCAGCAACGAAACGUUCACCUGCAAAAUUCAUGGCAAUACGGUCACGGGAAGGGAUUGUGGAGAUCAAGCUUCUCGGUGGAUCACUAGCUUUCUGAAGAGCAGAGAGACUUAUCGCCUGGUGCAGUUUGAAGAAACAAUGAAGCCAAGGAACCCAAAGAAUGAGUAUGAAACCUACACAGAGAAUGAUACGGUGGCGUAUCCAGACCUGAGUCCUCUUCUUCUGUUGUCGGAAGCCUCAGUUGAUGAUUUAAACACCAGACUUGAGAAGAAGGUCUCUGUUCGCAAUUUCCGCCCUAACAUUGUGGUGUCAGGGUGUGCACCGUUUGAUGAGGACACCUGGAAAAAAAUUCAGAUCGGCAGUCGUGUGACCUUGAAGCAAGUUAUGCCCUGCCCAAGAUGUAUAUUCACCACCGUGGAUCCUGACACUGGAAUCAUUGAUAUGAAGGAGCCACUGACCACGCUACGCAGUUAUCGCCAAUACGAAGGCCCACACAAGAAAGUGUAUAAGUCAAAUCCUUUGUUUGGACAGUUUGUAAGGAUUGAAAAAACAGGUGUCAUCAAAGUUGGUGACCCGGUGUACCAGGUCAUUUAGUGAAUGCCAUACCCCCACCCAAAAAAAUGAUUAAUUCAGAAAAAAAAUCCUAAUGGUGCUAUUGAGGCAGAUUGUAUUAUUUCUAUAUAUAUAUCAACAAUGGCUGCUGUUGCUUUCAUGAAAUCUCAAUUAUUUUUUUCAUGUAGGUUAAAUAUAUACAUUUUAUACAUUUUUUGUUCUUCCGCAGAGGGUUGGAGGUCUCUAUACUGCUUGCCGUAGCCCACGGUAGAUCUUCCAUAGGGCAAGUGGUUAAAAACCCAGUAACAUCCCAAUCUGAAGUUCAGUCUUUUUUUUUCUUAAUAAUGCAGAUAAUUUUGUAUAUGGUUGCUCCUCUUGCCAAGGGACAAAUGUCAUAUGAUGUCAUAUGAUGUCAUAUGAUGUCAUAUGAUAUAACCCCGUUGCAAAGGAGCCUGAUUUUUGUGUCCUGUCCUGAUGGGAUAACCUACAAUGUUUUUGAAAAAGAGAAAAAAAAAUACUUUGAGGCUCCUUAAACAAUACAUAUUUAAGAUGUUGACCGUGAAUUGAU